GCGGGGUUCUAGGCUCGGGGCUCAGCAGGCAGCAGCGGUCGCUGGGGUCAGCUAGAGAGGUGGCAGCUGAGCGGCAGGGCUGGGGCUGGGGAAGGAACGGCGACUUGGGCGGGGUAGGAGGGCCGUGGACGCUCAUGGCGGGCAGCGUGGACGAGGAGACGCUGCACCAGUUGUACCUGUGGGUGGACAACAUCCCCCUGUCCCGGCCCAAGCGGAACCUCUCGCGGGACUUCAGUGACGGAGUCCUGGCUGCUGAGGUGGUGAAGUUUUACUUUCCCAAGAUGGUGGAGAUGCAUAACUAUGUUCCAGCUAAUUCUGUACAGCAGAAAAUCAACAAUUGGAUUCACCUGAAUAGGAAGGUGCUGCACAAGCUGAAUUUCUCUGUCCCUGAGGAUGUCAUCCAGAAGAUUGCCCAGUGCUCCCCCGGAGUGGUAGAACUGGUGCUGAUUCCCCUGAGGCAGAGGCUGGAGGAAAGAAAGCGAAAGAAGCAGGAGGAGGCGGGUCUCCAAGAAGGCAGUAACUACAUGGAUGUGGGUUUCUCCCAGAGGACCCAAGGGGAUGGUACCACAGACCCCCGGAAAACAGGGCAGCUCAGGGGAGGCAAGUUUCUCCCUGCGUAUAGCCAGGCCUUGCAGGGGGACCCAAACUUCCUAGUACAGAUGGCUGAGAAGGAGCAGGAGUUGCUGGCCUCCCAGGAGACAGUCCAGGUCCUUCAGAUGAAGGUACGACGCCUGGAACACCUGCUGCAGCUCAAAAAUGUCCGUAUUGAUGACCUGAGUCGGCGCCUCCAGCAGGCCCAGCGCAAGCCGCGGCAAAAGAGGCAUCCCUUGGAACCUGAACCCAGAGCCCGGACAUCCUUCCUGCUUCCUGAAGCCCUGGGCACUGUGGACCACUCCUCUGCCCUCCACACGCUCUGGGAGGACUUGGCCCUGGCACUCAUUUCCAGUUACACCCCCUGCCACGCGUGUCCCUGGGCACCAUCCGCCAGAGCCCUGAGUCAUCUUGUCCUGAGCCAGAGGAGGAUGUGCCCGGCUUCCUCAGGUUUUCUCCUGGCCCCGGGCCCCCCUCCCCACCACGAUGAGGGGGAGCCCAUCCCAUGCGCCCGUCUUUCCCACUCCCACUCGUCAGCCAAGAGCAAUAGGACCGGCCAGGGCUUCCGAUGGCCGGGACGUCAAGGAUAGAGGUCAGGGCUUAACUCAAGGCUGGGGAAGAGACACAGGCUGCCUGCCUUUAGCCCCCUGCCUUAGCAAGGACCAGCCCUUCUCAGUUCUGGAAAGCAGAUGCCACAGGUCCUUCUGUCACUCAGAUCCCCAAGGAAAAAGGGCUGGGGGAGAGAGAGAGAUGAUGGGGAGAGAAAGCUGGAACAUCCCCCCCAAUAAACAUGCUCUGCUCUGAUGGUCUGCUGAGUGACUCUGGGCUCUGCCUCUUGGCCCUGGCUCUGUGGAUGCCUGCUCCCCCCACUCUUUGCCUUCUUACUUUGGGCAGUCAUCUUUAUGCCCUAUGGGACGUGGUGGUUAAAAGGCCGGCCCUGUUAGAAUCUGGAUGCCUUAACCAGAGUCCCCGCAUCCAGGCUGAACUCCAGCCCUGACCCAGAGCUGACCCCUAGCUAAACCUGCUCAAAGAGGGACCCUAAACUCUGACCAAAGGCUACCCCCGAACCCUGGUCAAUGGUAAAUCAUUCCAACCUUUGCAAGAGAUUAUCCCCCUGGCCCUGACCAGAGGCCAGCUCCUGCCCUGAUCACUGACUGGCCCCUGAGCCUGGUCAUGGGUUGACUUCCAGGAUUCCGUGGGGUUUUGACCUCUCUCAGCAUAUACUGGUUGCUCAACCUGGCAGCCAAAUUCUUCCAGGCCAGCGGGUAGCAGUAAAUAGCAUUGUGGCAUGGGGCUUGGGGGAAGGGCAGGAGUCAGGAAACCAAAUGGGGAAGUGGGGUAUCUAUGCCCGUAAGUUCCCCAUCUCCAUUCCUGAUGAAAACCAUCCCUACUUCUGGCCCAGUCUUCUUGUAGACAUAGGUCUCCUCCAGGCUCUUUCCUGAUACGACAGCACUUUAUCUACAUCAAGUACCUUCUGGCUGAAGGCAUCACCUUCAAGCAUCUGUCUGUCUCCCAGAACUGUCCUGGUUCCAAGUUGCUAAUUUCAGAGGCUGCA